AUGUUGAAUGUGGAAAUCAUUCAUUUUCCUUUAUUGGCUGAGGAACUAACACAAGAAUAUGGUAUUCCUGAAGAUAUAUCUGUGAAGAUUACAACAACAUAUUUGAAGCUCUUUAGAAAAUGUCCUGAUAAUGUAAUUCACACCUUGGAUGUUUGGCGUAUAACUUUAUGGAGUAGAGCACUCGGAGAAAAGUACUCAUAUCUAGCAAAAAAAAUUUACGAGCGAUGGUUAUGUCUACGAUAUUAUUAUUUGGCUCUGUCGUCAGAUAUAGUUUCUAUGCUGCAUCAAUUGAGGUUAAAAUACCUCUUAGGUUUGAUUACAAAUGGUCCAUCUAAUGCACAAUGGGAAAAAAUACGAAAACUUUCACUAGAACAAUAUUUCGAUAUAAUUCUUGUAUCAGGAGAUUUACCAUGGGAAAAACCCAAAAGGGAAAUAUUUCGAAAAGCAUACCGAUUUUUAAAUGUUAAACCAGAUAGUUGUGUAAUGGUUGGUGACAAACUGGAAACUGAUAUCCUGGGUGGAAUAGAAGCAGGUCUAGGGUGUACAAUUUGGAUUCCGACAUUGGAUAAACCACCCUUAUUAAGGGGAGAUCCACAACCAGAUUUUACUAUAAGGCAUGUCACAGAUCUCUUAAGUAUUUUAAACAGAAGUCCUGAUGCACCAGAACUUGAAGAUUCUUCUUCAAAUGCGUCAGAUGGUAGUUGA